AUGCCUUCUCAUUUCGAUACCCUUCAAUUGCACGCCGGUCAACCUGUUGACGGACCACACAGACCAAGAGCUCCUCCAAUCUAUGCCACUACUUCAUACGUCUUUAACGACUCCAAACACGGUGCUCAAUUGUUUGGCUUGGAGACUCCAGGUUACAUUUACUCAAGAAUCAUGAACCCAACCAAUGAUGUUUUUGAGCAAAGAAUCGCCGCCUUGGAAGGUGGUAUUGGCGCUUUGGCCACUUCUUCAGGUCAAUCUGCCCAAUUCUUAGCCAUUGCAGGUUUGGCUCACGCUGGUGACAACUUUAUCAGUACUUCCUAUCUCUAUGGUGGUACUUAUAACCAAUUCAAAGUUGCAUUCAAGAGAUUGGGAAUUGAAACAAGAUUUGUUAAUGGUGACUCGGCCGCCGACUUUGAGAAAUUGAUUGAUGACAAGACCAAGGCCAUCUACUUGGAAAGUAUUGGUAAUCCUAAAUACAAUGUGCCAGACUUUGAAAAAAUUGUCAAGGUUGCUCACGAUAAUGGUAUCCCAGUCGUUGUUGACAAUACCUUUGGUGCUGGUGGUUUCUUAGUUAACCCAAUUGCACACGGUGCAGAUAUCGUCGUCCACUCUGCUACAAAAUGGAUUGGUGGUCACGGAACCACUACUGCCGGUGUUGUUGUGGACUCUGGUAAAUUCGACUGGACUAAAUACCCAGAAAAGUAUCCACAAUUCUCCAAGCCAUCAGAAGGUUACCACGGCUUGGUGCUUAGCGAGGCUUUGAAAGAGGCUGCAUACAUUGGUCACUUGCGUAUUGAGCUUCUUCGUGAUCUUGGUCCAGCAUUGAACCCAUUUGGUUCAUUCCUCCUUCUUCAAGGUUUGGAGACUUUGAGUUUGAGAGUUGAGAGACAAAGUGAAAAUGCCUUGGCAUUGGCUCAAUGGUUGGAGAAACACCCACAAGUUGAAUCGGUCUCAUACUUGGGCUUACCAUCCCACGAAUCACACCAAUUGGCUAAGAAGUACUUCAACAAUGGUGCAAAAUACUAUGGUGGUGCUUUGGCCUUUACAGUCAAGGAUCAACCAAAGACUUCCGAAGACCCAUUUGACGAAGCAUCUCCUAAAUUGGUUGACAAUUUGCAAAUUGCCUCAAACUUGGCUAAUGUUGGUGACUCAAAGACAUUGGUUAUUGCACCAUACUUUACUACACACCAACAAUUGACUGAAGACGAAAAAGUUGCUUCUGGUGUUUCAAAGGGAUUAAUUAGAGUCUCCGUUGGUACUGAAUUCAUUGAUGAUAUCAUUAAUGACUUUGACCAAGCUUUCAAGAAAGUUUACGCUUAA